AUGUUUCAGAAGCGAGAAGAGCUUGGUGCGUACCAUAGACUAGUCCUAGAACUUCGUCUGCACGACAGAGAAUACUUCUUCAGGUUCGUACUUUUAUCUUUUACAAUAAUUUUCGAUUUUCUAAGGUAUUGUUUACGUUGUAAAAAAUUCCAUACUUAUUUGGUGUAAAUUUCAGAUUCUUACGUAUGUCACCGGACCGUUUUGACCAUCUGUUAUCACUUGUUGGACCACUCAUUGCGAAAAAGCACUGCAAAUCACGUAAACCAAUAUCACCUUCCGAGCGUCUUGCAGUUACCUUACGCUAUCUUGCCACGGGUGACUCCCAACAAAGUCACGCAUUUUAUUUCAGAAUUGGGCGUUCUACUGUAUCGAAUAUUGUGAAAGAAACUUGCAACGCUUUGUGGACCGCACUAAAUCAGGAUUACCUUAAAUCACCAAGCACUGAAGAACAAUGGACUAAUAUUGCUGAUGAAUUUGAAAGAGAAUGGAACUUUCCGCAUUGUAUUGGUGCAUUAGAUGGGAAGCAUAUCGCAAUGGAAUGCCCUCGUAAUGCAGGAUCAGCGUUCUUCAACUACAAAAACUUCCAUAGUACUGUACUAUUGGCGACGUGUGAUGCUAAAUAUUGUUUUACCUUGAUUGACAUUGGGGCAUAUGGACGAGAAAAUGACGCUGGAGUUCUGACAGAUUCUGCCUUCGGUCAAGCUUUUGAAUCUGAUGCAGUACACCUAAAUUUACCUCAGCCAGUCAAAGUUGGUACAAGGUGUCUACCUUACGUGUUAGUUGGAGAUGAUAUAUUUCCUUUAAAAGAAUGGUUAAUGAAACCAUACCCGGGCAAGAAUUUAACUGAGCCAGAAAGA